AUGAUUGAAAAAACUCCAAUUCAUGUCUACGGCUUAAUCAUACUAUCUUUAUUCGCGUUUUUUAUAUUUUUCUGUUUCCUAUGGAAAUUUAUGUUUAAAGAUGAAUUCGAAAACAAUGACAACUAUAGUUUAAAAAGAUUGACUCGUGUAAAAAAACGGAUACGUGUUCGGAAUGAAAUAGACGAUGAAGACUCUAGCUUGGGCACCAAUUCUAUUUCUACGUCAGCGCUGACGUCUUCUCCUACGGUUUCUCUUUUGGAAGUAGAAAAUAGAAAGAGAAUUAAUUUUGAGAGAGAUCAGGUUCAAUUGAUUUAUUAUAAUGAUGGACAAUCUAACACAAGAAACUUCGAUUCGCCGAACAGAAAGCGUGAUCUGUAUAUAUCAUCGCAAAAUGAACAAUCGAUUAUUAUAGAUCUCGCUUCGGAAGCAAACAAACCCGGCGUUAAAUUCAAAUCUUCAAAGACAAAUGAACAAGAAUAUUCUUUCGUGAAGGAGGAAGAGAAUUAUGCUAUUUACGAUAACAACAGCAAUGAAAUUGAUGAACACGAUUACUUAAUGGAAUAUCAAAUGUUUUUAAUCGAUUGUGAGAUGGACAAUGAUCACGAACACAAAAAAAAGGGAGAUCAAGAACUGGAGCAGCAAGAGCAAUUUGAUUCUCUUAUUUCUUCUACUUCAUUGUGCAUACCAACAAAAAUAGAAUCAAGACACAAUGUGUGCAAUAACAAUAUAAAUGAAAAAUUUUCUGCUCCUGAACUUAAGAUCGACACGUCAUUUCUAUCUCCACCCGACGAGAAUCGAGAAAUUACGAGGAGACAAUGGCCACAAAUGGAUGUCGAAAAUAUCGAUCCUAAGUACUUGUGUCCACCCGGAUGGCAUAUUCGCCGCAUGCAUAAAAUGUUUUUUGAACAUCGUCACGAGUAUAGAAAUCAAAUGAGAGGGUGUGGUAUAGAUAAAGAGUAA